GGGCGGGGAAAGACACCGGUGCUUUCCUCCGGUUGGUUACCCAGGCUGCCUCGCAAUACUUUUUUUUUAACUACCGGUGCUCAGUGUUUUGCAACUGGACCGAACACGUCCGUGCUCAACAUAAGCAGUGAGAAGCAGCUAGUGCCGCAGCGCCGCGUGUUUGUAGUUUCCACUGCUUCACACCAGUGCGGUGACAGAACCGACAGUCAUGGCAAAGAGACGCGCGGAGGACACGCCGCUGCACGGCUCUCCCUCCAAAAGAUGCUACCGUUCGCGUUGCGGUGUCGACAUGCAGCUGGAGAGCGUCCCUCCAACCGGGGGCGUGAGCCGGAGCCCUCCGUCUGUGCUGGCCUUGUUGGGCAGGCGCUGCGGGAAGAGGCCGUACUGCUUCGAAGACGCAAAGCGGACACAAGACGAAGAAACCGCAGGUCUUCGUCGCAAGACAACAAACUGCGACACUAGGAAGCACGCCGCGAAUGUUUUGACGGUGCGGACUUCUGGAAGUUUCCAGGACCGUCGCAGCUCCGUUACUCUCACAAGCCACAAGAAACGACCUCGAGAGGACUGCGCGGGUUCAGAGACUGUUAUUCCUGAAGCUAAUGAUAAAGCUGCUGAUGGAGACACCAGCACUGAAGACUGCGCUUACAACUCCUUCCAGUACUGGAGGGUCCCCUUACCCGAACUUGACCUCUCACUGCUACAAGAUGUCAACAGCCUUUCCCAAACAAAACCAAAGUCAAAAGUCAGUGACUCUUCUUCUGAUGCCAUGGAGACCUGAAGACGAGUCUGCACGCGAGUCUCUUCUACUCUUGUGCUAGCAUCAUGAAAUUGCGAUGCUCUUCAGCAGAUCAGAGGCACAUUAAGGUUGCUAGAAGUGUCUCCAGGUGAGAUGCAACAACCUGAUAUUGCAGACUGCCAAGUUAGCCCUCUGAGACCGAUACAGGCAGUGAACUUUAUGUUGGCGUAAAAAUCAAUGACUUGGGUGAAGCAACAGUGAGAUCUGCACUGUAACAGUACUGCAACAAUAAGGGAUGACCGUCAACCCUCACAUUGUAGGUAUAUAUUUUUACUUUAAAUUUUCUUUUAAAUAACAAUACCCAUUGUGUGAAAAGAAUUUCUGAUAGCCUGGUAUAAAACAGCAACAGUUGCCUUUUUGUUUCACGCCGAAUCCCUACCCGCCAAACCUAGAGUAGUAUUUUAUAAACAAUGUUAAAGGAAUUGGGUAUGAAAAGCUGGGUCUGCGCAUGACAGUUCAUCUUAUAACCACUCUAUAAUCUAUAAUCUUCACAGCUUGCUUGGUGUAAAUCAUCUCAGAGUUGUUUAUAGAUAGUGUGACUGAGGCGUGGAUGUUGUGGGAAAUAUUAAUCUUGAAAACACCUCAUUGAAGGCUUUAGUGUAUGAUGUAUUCACACUUUUAUUACAUGUUAUUGUAAUACAAGCUGAUUGUCACAGCCAGCUGUUUUUCCAUUGGCAAUAAAGAAAGUUUUCUAUA